AUCGAACCGAGUUCUUUUCCUCAAAGCCUAUGGAAUCAUCCCAAUGGGUUCGGAUUUGGCUGGAAAUAUUGAAGGAAGUCAUGGACGCGGGUCUGGGUCUGGCCGGAAAGGAAAGGACUGAUGGUAGAAAGGGGGAACAAUCAAAGGAUGCUCAAACACCGGGGGGAUCAAUGAAUAUUGCUCGGGAAGAAUCUGAAAAGUAUAUCCAUUUGCUGUAUGGACAAAGCGAUAAUAUCAAGGACGAAGAAUCUGAGGACAAUGAAUCUGAGGACCAGGAAACUGAGGACGAGGAUCCGAAUCUGGCUGUUGAGAACGGCUGCGAUGGUGAAAAAUUAUUAGGUCAGAUGAAAACAAAUGAUGCUGGAGAGUCUUAUCUCCGUAUGGGCGACUGUGUUUAUGUAUGUGAAAGACUCUAAAAAGGAAGAAAUCAGAGACGAAGAAGAAGCAGAAGACGGUUGUCCUAUCUGUCUUGGGGACCACUUUAGCUUGGAAUGCCCAUGGCGAGAUAAUGUUCCACCAGGCCAACAAGUUGGGCGUCUCUAUGACAUAAAAUGCAAGGGUUGUGGUAAGUGGGGACUUGCAUGCAGUGCUGAGGGAGGACUUGCCGUUCUCAGGAGGUGUGGUCAUUGUUUUGAUUUUGGUCACUGGGGGGACGUCUGCCCCAACUAUAAGUAUAUGCCCCUUCCGGCCUUCCCAAAUUAUCCAUGACAAAUCCGCUAUCCCCUUUCUCUUUAUGCAAGAAAUCGAAUGCGUCCUCAAAAUAACGUUUCGUGGUAUUAUUUUCCAUCAGGUUAUUCAAUCUAUUAUGACUUCCUACUCACCAAGUUGUACGUUUUUAGUAGAUGAAGGUUCUAACCUCGUAAUUAAGCUUAAUUAUUUGUGAGAAGAACAAUUUAUGAUGCUUUUAUCUAUGAGUAUUGCGUAUGGUUAUAUUUUGCUUUUC